AUGUCUAUAUCAUCGAACAAUGACCGGAUCAGCCACAAACUCCCUUCCUCGAAAUUUCCUUCGAGCCCUCCAAGUCCACGAGCCAGUCGUACCCUACGACGCCUUAAAUCUGCUUAUACACUCGGUCCGUCAGGUCAUCAACAAUCAGCACUAACGUCGCAUCAUCAUGGUCGACAUAUUCCGCCAACGCCUUCUACGGUAAACCAUCCACAACCUGCUCGCGGGAGGUCAAAUAGUGAUGCAACAAAUAUGCCACCGACAACUCCCACUGCUCCCAUCCGACAUUCAGCAGUUAAAAGACUUGUUCCGGCUGAUACGCUCUCCUUAGAUCGCUUAGUCCGGGACGGGCCACCCGAUGGUGAUAUAUCUGGCGCACUAGAGAGUGUUAGGCUUAAAAUUCUAGAUCAGGGUAUUAAAAGUGAUGUGGAUGGCAUGUCAGCAUGCCGUAUCUACAUCUGGAUGAUUCUUUUCAAUAUCCCCGUCUUAGAAACUGAUUCAUAUCUUGCUCUUGUCCAUCGUGGUGCCUCUCCUGCUUACUCUAAGAUUCGAAAUGAUACCUUCCGGACACUAGCCACGGAUCCCCUCUUUCGCAGACGCGUGAGUGAAGCCAGUCUUAUUCGACUACUUAAUGCCGUUUCCUGGAAAUUACAUGAUGCCCGAGAUGCAAUUUCCACAGGAAACAAGUCAAAUGGUUCAGAUCGAGAUUCGGAUUCUAUCUCGCCACCAACCAGAAAAUCUCGAAUGCGAGCCUUAACUUUUACUACACAGGGCUCUGAUACAGGUAUAUUAGAGCCCGGGACAUAUGUACAGGGAAUGAAUGUUCUGGCAGCUCCAUUUCUUUAUGCUGCGCGUAGCGAGGCCGAAGCCUUUGUUGUAUUCCACCGCUUCAUAACCACCGAAUGUCCAGGUUAUGUACGUGGUGCGAUGGAUGGUGUCCAUAAAGGUCUAGCACUAGUUGAUCAAGUCCUGGCUAUCGUUGAUCCCAAACUUAGUCUAUACUUAACGAGCAAAGGCAUGACUGCUGAGCUCUAUGCGUUUCCAUCAGUGCUUACUCUUUGCGCUUGUACGCCUCCUCUACCCGAAGUGUUACGCCUCUGGGAUUUUCUAUUUGCAUAUGGAGCGCAUCUAAAUAUACUGUGCAUUGUCGCGCAGAUUGUCAUUCUCCGGAACUCAAUUAUCAAUUCUCCUAGCCCCACAAAAACCUUACGCUCUCUAUCACCUCUCCAAGCCGAAACAGUCAAAGAAGUAACGUUAAAUCUCAUCCGAAAGAUUCCACGCGAAAUAUACGCUCAGAUAGUUGAGCACGCGAAAUGA